AUGGCAUAUAUUUCUGAAAGCGAAUGUUCAGAGGCUGGUAUAUUAUACGUGCUACGGACGUCGUCGACCGCGGAAGAGACGUCAGUGACGGCAGAAGAAAUUUUAAAAAAACACCCAGAACUUUUAGAAUUAUAUGAAAAUCUUAAUAAUUUCUCAACUAACUUGCCUCAGUCCAGAACAAUGCCUAAUGGGUAUCAGUCUUUGAUAGAUAAUUGUCUUGAGGAAAAUCACUACGAUGCAGCUCUUGAUCUUCUUGAAUCUUGUCAAAGUCAGCACUAUCACCCUCCUGAGCAACACAUUCGGAGACUGAUGGAUAUCAUCGCAAGUGACCAAGUUGACGAUGAUAUUGCUUCAAGAGCCUAUAAAGUUUUACAACAUAUAUUACAAACAAGUAGUAAUGAAGCAUUUCAAUAUAUUUGGACUUCUGAACGAAUAGAUGCAGAUGAAGGUACCUUAUGGGAAAAUUACGUAAACUUUUGGAAAUUUAUUGAAAAUCGAUUUACUUCUCUUAUAAAGGUUAAUAAAGAUAAACAUGAAAGAAUUAUUAUGAUCUUGGAUCAUAUAGUAAAUGUAAUAGAGAUUGAUAUUAAAGUCAAAAAAGAUCAAUUAAAUUCCUCUUUACUAUUACAACUUAUUCCAAAAAGCUACGGAAGAAUCCGUACUAAUAUAAAAGAUCCUAUAAAUGUUUUAUUAUUUCCAUUUCGUGAAGAAGUUUCCAUUGAAAUUGCACGAUUAUCUCAACGAUUAUUGAAACAGACAAUACUAUCAAACACGUUUAAAUGCAUGCUACUUGAUCUUGCUCUUCGCGAUACCGACUUGUCACUUGUUCCACGUCAAAAUAGAAAUAUGGUUAAUAGCCCUUUAAGUUUGGUAAAAUUUGUGAAUAUCUAUUUUGACUCUAAACCAUAUAGUAAUAAGAAUAAUCCUAUUGCUAUGGCAUUAUGGCGUCAUAUUUUUAUAUUAUGUUCAGCAUUUCAAAGUUAUAUUAAUAGUAAGACAAUGAGAGUUGGUCAUAAGGUUUUUUGUGGAUUAGAUGAUGAAGAACGAAAAUUAAUUAUUGAUAAGGUUAUAAUUCAACGAGUAAAUGAAUUGAUGAAACGACUUGAAGAUCAAAAAAUGAAUUCAGAACUCAAGAAAAAUACAAAAUUUCUUUUGGAAAUUAUGAAUAUUGAUAUUGAAAGAAUUUAUGGUUGGUGUCUUGAAAAUUCUUCGGGUUAA